GUAAAAUAUAACUCAUUACAUAGCUGUUGCCUGAUACGGAUACAUUUUAUACAACAAUAAACUUUAUAAUAAAAAUAAUAUAUUACAGUUAAAAUGUCUGCCAAGUUAGAAUUUGCUGUGAAAAUGUCUUCUCCGUCAUGUGUUGAUAAAAUACAAGAUCAAUUAAGCCAAAAUGGUAUUUCAAAAUCAGAUAUUCAUAUAUCUUAUGAAACCGGAACUGUUAUUGUUACUACAGAUCAACCAUCAUCUCUUAUUUUAAAUUCUAUUGAAAAAACUGGCUUUAAAGCAGUACUUAAAGGAUAUGGAAGUGCUUCAUAUGAGAAGAACUUAGGUGCUGCUGUUGCUAUGUUAGGUGGAUCAACUGGUUAUAGUAAAUUAGGUAUAAAUGGUGUUAUUCGGUUUGUUCAGUUAAACAAUAGUGAAUGUAUAGUGGAUGGUACUAUUGAUGGUUUACCUCCAGGAAAACAUGGUAUCCACAUAUAUGAAUGUGGAGAUUUAUCUAAUGGAUGUGAGAGAAUUGGAGAUCAUCUUAAUUUGAAACAAACAUCACAUGGCAAUAAAAAUGAUGACCCAAAUUUCAGGCACACAGGUGAUUUAGGAAAUAUCACUGCUAACGAAGAUGGAAGAGCAGUAUUUUACUUUAAAGAUAAAAUAAUAAAUGUAUCACAUUUAAUUGGUCGAGCAGUUGGUAUUACAGAAAAUGAAGAUGAUUGUGGCAGAACCAAAAUUAAUACAUCAGAUAUUGAUGGAAAUAGCGGAAAAAAAAUUGCUUGUGGUAUUAUUGCUAGAUCUUCUGGUUUAUUUGAAAAUAACAAAAAGAUAUGUGCUUGUGAUGGUGUAACACUUUGGGAAGAAAGAGAUGUACCAUUAGCUGGGCCCGGUAGACAAAGAAAAAUAUAAAUAUGUAUGUGUUAAAGGUAUUAAACUAAAUAAUUGUUAUUUUAGUUCUAAGGGUAAAAUGGUUAAUAAAGAUAAAAU